AUGGGUAUUACGGGCAGUGAUGUGAGUAAGCAGGCGGCAGACAUGAUUUUGUUGGACGAUAAUUUUGCAUCCAUCGUGACGGGUGUGGAGGAGGGGCGUAUAAUUUUCGACAACUUGAAGAAGUCCAUUGCCUACACUCUCACCUCCAACAUUCCGGAGAUAACGCCCUUCCUCAUCUUCAUUUUGGCCGAUGUGCCAUUGCCAUUGGGCACCAUAACAAUUUUGUGCAUCGAUUUGGGCACAGACAUGGUGCCGGCCAUAUCACUGGCCUACGAGGAGGCGGAGAGCGAUAUCAUGAAGCGCAUGCCGCGUGAUCCCUUCCGUGACAAGUUGGUGAACGAGCGUCUCAUCUCCAUGGCGUACGGUCAGAUUGGCAUGAUUCAGGCAUCGGGCGGUUUCUUUGUCUACUUUGUCAUAAUGGCAGAGAACGGAUUUUGGCCGAGUCGCCUGCUGGGUCUGCGCAAACAGUGGGACUCGCCGGCCAUCAAUGAUGUGGCUGACUCCUACGGUCAGGAGUGGACGUACACGCAGCGCAAGCGUCUUGAGUACACCUGUCACACGGCCUUUUUCGCCUCUAUCGUCAUUGUGCAGUGGACGGAUUUGCUCAUCUGCAAGACUCGAAAGAACUCAAUUUACCAGCAGGGCAUGUGGAACCACCACCUCACGUUUGGUCUCUUCUUUGAGACCACACUGGCCAUAUUCCUGUCGUACUGUCCGGGUCUUGAGCACGGUCUGCGGAUGAUGCCACUUCGAUGGACGUGGUGGUUGCCGGCUCUGCCCUUCAGUGUGUCGAUAUUUGUAUUUGAUGAGGUGCGAAAGAAGCUUCUUCGGACUCUGCCGCCAGGCAAUUGGGUGGAACGGGAGACGUACUACUAG